UUGAUAUCCGUGAAAUCAAGGAGAUUCGACCGGGCAGGAACUCGCGGGAUUUCGAGCGUUACAUCGAGGAUACCUCUGUGCGGCUGGAACACUCGCUUUGCUUCGUCAUUCUCUAUGGCACAGAGUUCCGCCUCCGAGCCCUCAGUCUCGCAGCCACUUCAGAUGAAGAGAUGACCAUGUGGGUUAAAGGCUUGAGCUGGCUUGUUGCGGACACGCUCAGUUCCUCCACGCCCCUGCAGAUUGAAAGGUGGUUAAGGAAGCAGUUCUAUGCAGCGGAUCGCAGCAGAGAAGACAAGAUUUCCUCAAAGGAUUUGAAAAGCAUGCUGUGUCAGGUCAACUAUAGAGUCCCCAACAUGAAGUUUUUACGAGAGAAAUUUCCGGUACGGAUUACAAGAGUUAAGAUGCUGGUGUUCCACGGAAUAGUUUGACCAUUAUCCCUAUAACAGCAAA